GGCACUGUCUCACCAUGAGCGGCCAAAACCGCACUGAACUCCAGGUCGUCUGCAGCUCCGGGCAGCUGUUCCUGCAGCCCCUCUGGGACCGUCUGAGAGCCCCGGAUGCUCUCACCCAGUCUCCCUUCUUCCCGAUCAUCUUCGCCUUCACCACCUACGUGGGCUUCUGCCUGCCCUUUGUGGUGCUGGACGCCCUGUGCCCCUGGGUGCCCACACUUCGACGCUACAAGAUCCACCCUGACUUCUCGCCAACGCCGCGGCAGCUGUUGCUCUGCCUGAGGCAGACGCUCUACCAGCACGUGGUGUUCGUGUUCCCCUGGACCAUGCUGCACUGGGCCUGCCGCCCAUCUCUCCUGCCCACCCAAGCCCCCGAGCUGCUCCAGCUGGUGCGCGAUGUCGUGUUCUGCUUGCUGCUCUUCGACGCCGAGUUCUUCGUGUGGCACGUGCUGCACCACAAGGUCCCCUGGCUGUAUCGCACCUUCCACAAGAUGCACCACCAGAACACGUCCUCUUUCGCCCUGGCCACCCAGUAUGUGAGCCUCUGGGAGCUGUUUUCCUUGGGCUUCUUUGACAUGGUGAAUGUGACUCUGUUGGAGUGCCACCCGCUCACUGUCCUCAUCUUCCACGUGGUCAACAUCUGGCUGUCGGUGGAGGACCACUCGGGCUACGAUUUCCCCUGGUCCACGCACAGGCUGCUUCCUUUUGGGUGGUACGGGGGCGUGGCACACCACGACCUGCAUCAUUCUCGGUUUAACUGCAACUUCGCUCCUUACUUCACACACUGGGACAAAAUACUGGGAACUCUGCAAUCUGCUCAAGCCAAGUGACAGGCGCCCCUUGCACGUGGGGGUGUGACUGCUGUGGGGCCCUAAGUGCCGGGAAUGCUGUGCAUUUCACCCUUGAAUCAGGAGAAGCACACCUGAGCUUUUAUUUUUGUUUUUGUAAGUAACUUAUUACUUGAUAUAAAUGUAUAUACAAA